ACAUGAACGGAUGGCUGUUGCAGGAGUUCCGAGGAGAGCAGAAUAUAGUGAAGGCGUGUCUGGAGUAAACUGCAGAAUGAAGAGGUCUCCGCGAUUCCCCAGCAAAGCCUGGAGGUUGCGAUUAUCCCAGGAGAGGACUCAUCAAGCUAAAUCCUGAUCAAAUCCGGACCUUUUACAGCACCCAUGAAGGCUGCUGCUAUAAGGGUCUUUGUGAUUACAUCGGACUCGCAGGAUAAUCCAGAAUAAUCUCCCUGUUUUAAGAAUAAUUUCACCCUUGGGAAUUAUUCUCAGUGGUGCUCUGUGCAUUCUCUGGGGGCCAAGCAAAGGAGUGGACAGCUGUGUGGCCUGGGAGAUGAGAGGGGCAUGGCACGAAAGCUACUGGAAUGCAGUCUCAGUGACAAGCUGUGUGUUGUCCGGGAGCAGCAGUAUGAGAUCAUCAUCAUCCCAACCAUUCUGGUUGGCACCUUCCUUAUCCUUCUUGCAGUCAUCCUGUGGCUUUUUAUCAGAGGACAAAGAGCUCAACAACAGUCUCCUGGACUCCAAGGCAUUGCCCCUGUGCCUCCAUCUAGGGGCCUAAGCUGGGAGGCGGCAGGACAUGGAGGAAGUGUGUUUGUGCCACUUAAGGAGACAUCGGUGGAAAGCCUCCUACGAACUACCACUCAUGCUCUGGCUAAGCUGCAGGUGCCCCGGGAGCAACUCUCUGAAGUUCUGGAGCAGAUCCACAGUGGUAGUUGUGGGGCCAUCUAUCGAACCAAGAUGUACACUGGGGACCCUGCUAAGCCAAAGAGUGUUGUCCUCAAGGCUUUGAAAGAACCGGCUGGUCUCCAUGAGGUGCAGGAUUUCUUAGGGCGAAUCCAAUUCUAUCAGCACCUGGGGAAGCAUGAGAACCUGGUGCAGCUGCAAGGCUGCUGCACAGAGGAGCUGCCGCUCUAUAUGCUGCUGGAGGAUGUGGCCCAAGGGGACCUGCUCAGCUUUCUCUGGACCUGUCGGCGGGAUGUGAUGACCAUGGAUGGCCUUCUCUAUGAUCUCACAGAAAAACAAGUAUAUCACAUCGGGAGGCAGGUCCUCCGGGCUUUGGAAUUUCUCCAGGAUAAGCAUCUGUUCCAUGGAGAUGUGGCAGCUAGGAAUAUCCUGAUCCAAAGUGAUCUUACUGCUAAGCUCUGUGGACUGGGCCUGGCUUACGAAGUCCAUGUCCGAGGGGCCAUCCCGGCUACUCACAUCGUACCUCUCAAGUGGCUCGCCCCAGAACGGCUUCUGCUGAGACCAGCUGGCAUCAAAGGAGACGUCUGGUCCUUUGGGAUCCUGCUUUAUGAGAUGGUGACUCUAGGGGCACCACCAUAUCCGGAAGUCCCUCCUACUGGCAUCCUACAACAUCUCCAAAGAAGGAAAAUAAUGAAGAGACCCACUAGCUGCACACAUACCAUGUAUGGUCUUAUGAAGUCCUGCUGGCGCUGGAGUGAGGAGAGCCGCCCCUCACUUAAAGAGCUACACUCACGCCUAGAAAUCGCCGCUCGAACUGCAAAUGACAAAGCUGUGUUGCAAGUACCCGAGUUGGUGGUGCCUGAACUGUAUGCAGCCGUGGCAGGUAUCAGCAUGGACAGCCUCUCCUACAACUACAGCGUCCUCUGAAGAUCCUGGGGAAAGAAACAUUUAUGAGUGAUCAUAUACUAUUGGAAUGGAUUCCUCCGAGAACAGAGAAUAGCUUUCUAGUGGGACAUAACGGGACAAAUAGGAUAUUCCCCUACACAUUUCCCUAGAUACCCAAAAUGAUGCCCGAUGAGGCUCUACACUCCAUAUACCCUGGAGACUGAGAAGUAUAGUUUUAUUACUGCUGUCUCAAUCCCGAAGACCCACGGUAGAUGUGGUGGAUAGUACCAUUGCAAAGAAAAUCUUAGAAAUCCACGUUUGUCUGGCAUUGCACAAAUAAGCUGGUCCUCCCACCACAGACUGGAUUCCUCUUGAAGCAUGCUUUCAUCUAGAUUAUAGAGUCCAGAGAAGUUGGGAGUCAACUGAGGGAACAGGGAGACGAAAAAGAAGUUGAGAAAGAAAAUCAAAAGGUUCUAUUUGCUCAGGAGUAUAGAUGUGGACCAAGGUCAUCCUUCAAAGAGAAGGUAGAGGAAGGAGAUAAAGUUCUUCAGUCCGGGUCCGUUCAUGCAGGACUGGAGGAGGACCACGAAGGAAAACUUCAGAGUUUCCUUUUGGGUAUAGAUAAGAGGUAGAUAGUCUCUUUUUAUCUAAUUAUGAGACAAGUGAACUCUGCUAGAACGACCUUUAACUAGAAGCUGGAGAGGUCCUUUCAUGAUUAAGAACAUUCAACAGCUAUUGUUCAUCAGGCUAGCUUCCUGGUCCCCAUAAAACUAGGGAGACUGAGCCUAGAGAGCCGAUUAGGCUGUGAUGAGUAUACAGGUGACCCUUGAACAACAUAGGUUUGAACUAUGUGGGUCCACUUAUCCAUGGAGUUUUUUUCUUGAUAAAUGCAGUGCAGGCCUGUAAAUGUAUUUUCUCUUCCUUAUGAUUUUUUUUCCUGCUUAAUUUACUGUAAGAAUACAGAAUGUAAUAUAUAGAACAUAUAAAAUAUGUGUU